AAUGAGCGAUAUAUAUAGGUAGAGUAACAAAUAUAUGAAAGUUUUCUAUUUACAAACAUUAUCAACAAUUGCGAAAGCACAGAAAUUGGGCUACAGGUGUGCACUGUGCCUAGAAGUACCUCUGUAUUUGCAAUAAAAUAAGCUUUUCUUUGCACAACCUCGUAAGAUUUCCAGAAAGUGAACUCGCAUAUACUUAAUAUAAUGCUUGGGUGUCUAAGACUGCUCAUUUUCCUCUGUGUUAUUCAAGAAAUGCUCUUUUUCCCCAUUGUUAUUAAAGAAUAGGUUAAACGUCUUGGUCCAAUUUUUUUGUACUGCAACGAUGUUCCAACAGAAUUCAAUUGAUGUAGAAUUUGUCCAAAGCCUCGAAGUCCAUCUUUUUCAAUUCAUUGCGAUAUUGUUCAAUCCAGUGUACGGAAAACUAAUGCUGCAAUUUUGUCAAAGCUUCAUUUUAUCUCCCUGAGAGCAUACACUCGCCUCGCCUCACCCUUACGGAAGUAUCCAGAUAGUUCCAUGAUCGAUUACCCUUUCGAACAGAAACAAAUUCAGGCUGGCGAUAAUGACUCUAUAGUUUAGUCAUCAUAAUAUUGUGAGAAACUCUUCUAAAAUGAACCAAGUUGUCAAAAUGUUGCAAAACUUCUGCUCUUUUCAUCUGUUAUCAUUUUUUGUUAAAAUGAGAAACCUUUGCGCUACAAGCUUGACGCAAAUCAACUGAUGUCAAAUAAGCGAAGAACAGCAAAGUCAGGUGACUUGGACUCAGUUAAAAUGGGUCAAUAAAACAUGGUAAUUUUUUACAAACUGGUUCUUGAGACACAAAUAUUUUGAAUAAAGAGAAAUACAACCUCAGCGAUACAACGUGUUUACUCUCAGUCGAGGAAACUAUUUGCAUGGAGAUGCCACCGAUCGAUUAUUAAACAUGCAUGACAUAUGGUAACAUUUUAGCAGCUCUGAAACGUUCUUGCAAAGCAGAAAUAUCAUUUACGUAGAACAUGGUUAUAAUACCACAGAAUUUUUUUACAGAGGCCAAGUCUUGCUGAAGUCGAUCGGAUUUGGAUUUGGUUGGUUUGCUAGAACAUUGAUACAGUACAGCCGUGUUACAGACACUGGAACAUUUCGAGACCAAAUCGUUCGCAUAGGGAAUCUUAUUCUGAAAGAUAAAUCCUACAAGAUGUUAUCGCGACAAUUUCAAAGUUUCUGUGAAACUGCUCAAAAGUACAACGAGCUGUAUAAGAUUUUCACACGAGGCGAAGGACCCCAAAAUAAAAUUUGGAUUCAUGAAAAAUUGAUGCCAAUUUUGAUUCCAAAGCUGAAUCUUGUCAAAGAUUCACAUAAGUUCAAAGUUCUUUCAGUUGGAGCUGGAAACGGGUCAUUUGAUUUGCUUCUUAUAAAUGCUUUGCUAAAAGAAAUAAAGUCCCAUUUUCCAGGAACAACAGCGUCUUGGACAGUUGUCGAGCCAAAUUCUGUAGCAGUCCAAGAUUUUCAAAGAAAAGUGCAAUCAGAUGAAGAUUAUUGUACCAAUAUCAGUUUCGUCUGGGAGAUAGAAACAUUCCAAGAUUUCAUUUCAAAGCAGCGGAGAGUCAAAGAAGCUCAAAAAUACCACUUGAUAACGUUUAUACACUCUCUCUACUAUGUAGACGAAAGAUUGGCACUGAGGCAGUCAUACAAUCUAUUGUUGGAAGACCAAGGAAUGAUUCUUGCUGUUAAAGAGAAAGAAAAAUCAACGACACUAGAGGCAUUCAGGAUGUACGUGCAGCUUAUGGGACAAACACCUCGAGAUUUUACCCUUUCAGAAGAAAUUCUCCUCGAGUUGCAACUGGAGCUUGGAAUGGCCUAUGAUCGGUUUACUGUACCUAUUUCCGUAGAUAUCACAGAAAUGUUUCACGACGACGAUCCAGUGGGUGGGGCUUUGGUAAAUUUUCUUCUACACACCAGUGACGACCCUAGAAAAUCGGAGGAGGGAAUUAAAAUGCUCGAGUUUUUGAAAUCAAAGAGCUGGUCAGUAUUGAAAGGUGAAGAGGAAAUCUUUCUGGUUAACAUGGACAUCGAUGUCACAGCGAUAACAAAGUCUGUGUAAAUAAUAAACUCUAUGGCCCCAAGCCCCAAAACCACACGUAAACGUACAUUUCUGAAUCUGCGAACUUUUCUUUUCGAAUUAAAAAAUGUCUACGUGUAGAAUAUUCAAAUCAAAUUUAGCCUUCCACACCAAGUUGAAUUCACUUGUAUUUGUAACAGCAACAGCACUUUUUGUACAUUUUUUCUUCAGAACAUGCAGCAUAACGACCUUGGGUCAGAAUUCUUUAAAACUAAAACUGUAAUGACCAAGUCUCGAUUAAUAGUUGUCGCGGAAAGCAGGGAGUUUGCUGCGCAAACGCCUUUCCCACGGUUUACUUGCGUAAUUAACCAGCGUGUUAUUAAUCAAGGUCGUGUUUUCAGUAUUCUUACAAUUUCUUUUGUCUCGUAAUAGAUCUACAUAGGUUUAAUCGUUAACAAAUUUAUUGUUGGUAAUAUCCUUUAUAUUUGCCGGUUGGUUAAUUGACUUGGAACAUUUACACAUAUCUUUUGUAAUCAUAUUUUCUAAAGAGACCGAUAACUAAAAACUAAUUGCUUAUGGUUUAAUGAAGUCAGUGUGUGUUUGAAAUGAGCGUGUAAUGUAUAAUACAUAUUUUUACUAAUAAAAUGAUAAAAUACAAAAUGUUGUAUUGAUUGUUGAUUGCCUUACUGCAACACACUUUGUUGAUUUGUUCGGACUGUUACGAUAAUAGUUGAAAAGUUAACCCUGACAAAUUUCCCCCAAAAUCUCUGUUGCGAAAUUCUUCAAUUAAUUUGCGCUACUCUUGCUGCAGCUGCAUUUUCACAAAGUGCUUAUGUUUAGAAUAUUGCAACUCGACAUUAUGUCCCUGUUGAAUUUGAAAUAUUGUUUGGUGCGUGUAGGGCCCUAUCUACCUAAACGUGACGCGACUCUACUCAAAUUCUACCUUACUGUUUUACUUAAAUCUUUAUUAAGAAGUUGUGCCGUUUAUCUUAUAUAAUAACGAUUAACAUACCAAUUUUCUUAACUUGUGGCUUUUACUGUCAUUUCACCAUGUGUUUGUGGCUCAAGCUGGAUACUGUGUGGUGAUUGUUGAUACUUGGCUAUUUCCACGAGGCUUGUAAAUGUACUGCUACUCUAAGUAUCUACUUUAGUUCCUUAAACAUGGAAAUAACUAAAUUUCUACAUACUUGUAAUUAUUAAUCUCCCCUAAAACAUGUACGAGCAUGUCUCCAGCACAGAAUGGUUCUUAAAUUUUCAAACAACUUUUGAUUGAUGCUAGCAAAGUUACUGUUAAUUGACUUGACUGAAGUAAACAUAUGCAUUAAAACUUUCCCUCUAGAGCCACAUGGACCGAUAGUUAUGCCUGAGCUAUAGAUCUUAGAAGAUAAGUUUCUAAGCAUUUGUUGUGCAUAGUUUUUCGAUUGAUGUUGUUUUCUUUAAAAUUUGACGAUUUUAAUUUUUUUAUCUGACCGUUACAAAUUAAGUCGUCAAUCACGUGACCAUAUCCCUGUCUACACGAUUAUUUGUAAGAAAGUUAUUUCAACCCAGCCCUCGGACUUUCUUAGCUUUUUCCUAAUUUCAGCUCUAAAACUUUCUUAAAUUUUUCUUAACGUAAAAUUUGAAAGUUUAACGUUACUAAGCAUGCGCAGUGAUGGAGAAGAUGAAAUGCUAUAAAUAUGCUUUAUUUCUCAAAAACCCUCAACGUCAUACUGUAUUCGUCGUUUCCUGUUCAGCACAUUACUGUUUUGUUGAAAUAUCUUACACCACAAUUUCCUUUGAAAUUUUGACUAUCUAAAUUUUUCAACU